CCCUCCACAGUCCACUCCACACAAGAAGGAAAGGGAGAGAGAGAGGUCAAUUAAUCAAGAAAUAGAGAGCAAAUUAAAGCAUAGCCAGUAUGGUGCACUGUGUGGUCUUAGCAUAUCCAGCUCAAGGCCACAUUAACCCUAUGCAUAAUUUCUGCAAGCUCUUGCAACAACAAGGUGUGAAAGUAACACUAGUCACCACCCUUUCCUACAGCAAGAACUUGCAGAACAUACCUGCUUCUAUUGCACUUGAAACCAUUUCUGAUGGUUUUGACAAUCGUGGUUUUGCUGAGUCAGGAAACUGGAAGGCCUACUUGGAACGUUUUUGGCAAGUAGGGCCAAAGACUCUUGCUGAGCUUCUUGAGAAACUUGGUAGAUCAGGUGACCCUGUUGAUUGUGUUGUUUAUAAUUCAUUCUUCCCUUGGGCUCUUGAGGUUGCAAAGAGAUUUGGGAUAGUUGGGGCUGUUUUCCUCACUCAAAAUAUGUCCGUCAAUAGUAUAUACUACCAUGUCCAGCAAGGAAAUUUGUGUGUUCCCCUCACAAAAAGUGAGAUUUCCCUUCCUUUGUUGCCCAAACUUCAACACGAGGACAUGCCCACAUUCUUCUUCCCCACAUGUGUGGAUAAUUCACUUUUGCUUGAUUUGGUAGUGGGCCAGUUCUCCAAUAUCGACAAGGCUGAUUGGAUCCUUUGCAAUUCAUUCUCUGAGAUGGAAAAAGAGGUAACCGAUUGGACGAAGAAGAUAUGGCCCAAAUUUAGGACUAUAGGACCAAGCAUAACAUCUAUGAUUUUGAACAAGCGACUUACAGAUGAUGAAGAUGAUGGUGUUACACAAUUUAAGAGUGAAGAAUGCAUAAAAUGGUUAGAUGAUAAACCGAAACAAUCUGUUGUUUAUGUUUCUUUUGGGUCCGUGGUAGUACUCAACGAAGAGCAAAUAGAGGAAAUAGCUUAUGGUUUGAGUGACAGUGAAAGUUACUUCUUGUGGGUACUCAGAGAAGAAACUAAGCUUCCCAAAGAUUUUGCAAAGAAGUCAGAGAAGGGUUUAGUAAUUGGGUGGUGCUCACAACUAAAAGUUUUAGCUCAUGAAGCUAUAGGGUGUUUUGUAACACAUUGUGGUUGGAACUCCACAUUGGAAGCCUUGAGUUUAGGUGUUCCAAUGGUCGCAAUGCCAAAUUGGUCUGACCAAUGUACAAAUGCUAAGCUAAUUGAAGAUGUCUGGAAAAUGGGAAUUAGAGCUAGAGUUGAUGAAAAAAAGAUUGUGAGAGGAGAAGUAUUGAAGUAUUGCAUAAUGGAAAUAAUGAACAGUGAGAAAGGCAAAGAGGUGAAAAGAAAUAUUAUGCAAUGGAAGGCUUUGGCUGCACGAGCUGUUAGUGAGGAAGGAAGUUCUCAUAAAAACAUUGCAGAAUUCGUGAAUAGCUUGUUCAAUUUAAAACAGGGAAUUGCAAAUUAUCCUGACUAAACCAAGCAGUUUGUUUGUAUACUAUAUAUGGUGCAUCUUUGUAGAAAAUGACACCUUUGUGGGUCAUGAUGAAGAAGUUAUAAUUUAAAUAAACAAGUGGAAUAAAUUUGGAUGUUCACAAACUGUUAUGAAUGGGAAGCUACGUGCGCAGUCUAUAAGGAAAGUAUGCAACCUGCUGCAUGAAGCAUUCACAGCGAGGAAGUUAGUUAGGAAGUGUCAAUGCUGUUAGGAUUCUGUUAAGAAGUUUCUGUUAAAGGGUUCUAUAUUCUGUUAAGAACCUUGCCUUAUAAAUAGCUUGUAAUAAGGUGUUCAAAGGAAUGAGAAUAUACGUUACUUUCAUCUU